AUGUUGUCUUCUGCGUGGCUACUAGUCACUGUAUUGCUUUCGUCAAGCUAUUGUGUCGCUGCACCCGGUCCGAAGCCUAUUACUGCUGGGCAAUCCAUUAGUCUUCAACGCAGGACUCCGUCUGCCCGGUCCGUCGAGGACUGGGGUGCUUGGGCGCAGAAUGAGCGCGAGUUUCUAACGAAUAGAUAUGGAGGUACAGUCUCGAAGAAGAAGAGGAGUGAAGGUAGUAACUUGUUAACUAACCAAAAUGCGGACUCGAGUUUCUAUGGUUCAUUAGCCAUCGGGACACCACCUGUGUCCUUUGACGUCAUCCUUGACACCGGUUCAGCAGACCUCUGGGUGGCAGACGUUAGCUGUACAGUAGACUGCUCGCGGGUUGCAGUAUUCGAUGCAACGUCCUCUUCGUCAUUCAAGAACCUCUCUCAACCAUUCUCCAUCACGUAUGGCAGUGGAGAGGCAGCGGGGAGUCUUGGACAAGACGUCGUCCAAAUGGCCGGAUUCUCCGUGUCAAAUCAGGUCUUUGCAACUGUAGAUCAGGUCUCUAGUGGUCUUUUGACUAGUCCGGUGUCUGGAUUGCUCGGUCUUGGAUGGCAGACUAUUUCCUCGUCGGGAUACGCACCUUUGUGGCAAACAUUGGUUAGCAGUGGCGCUUGGACGGAUCCUCUCAUGUCGUUCCAGUUAACUCGGUAUGGACUUGAUCCUCCUCGCGCAACGUGCAUCUCAUGCCUUUCUGAAGUUUUAUUAACGCCUCUAACGUGCAAGCGAACUGAGCCUGGUGGAACAUUCACAAUGGGUUUUGUAAAUUCCAGCCUUUACACUGGAUCAAUUGAUUACCAGGACCUCGUCGCAACGCCCUCGUUCUGGCUUCUCUCGUUGACCUCCAUGACUGUGCAAGGAACAAGCAUUACCAUCCCGACUGGCUCCUCUGCGUAUGCUGCUAUCGACACCGGAACGACCUUGGUAGGAGGCCCCUCCAGCGCUAUACAGAACAUCUACGCCCAAAUUCCCGGUUCUCAAGCCGGUACAGGGUCUUGGACAGGUUACUACUCUUACCCAUGCGAUACACAAGUUAACGUCGCAAUCUCGUUUGGCGGCCCCAGUUGGUCAGUUAGUCCGGCCGACUUCCAGUUGACUCAGAUUUCCUCCUCGGACUGUAUUGGAUCGUUCUUUGAGUUGUCUUCGGGAAGUGGUGCACCGAGCUGGGUUGUCGGCGACACUUUCUUGAAAAAUGUCUAUUCCGUAUUCAGAUAUAAUCCCGCGGCGGUCGGGUUUGCUCAGCUAUCAGAAACGGCUCUUGCAAUGAACGGCGUCAACGGUGACCCGCCGUCGGCCACGAUCGGUUCCGUUCAAGCAACCGCAACUGCCGGCGUCAGUGGCAGC